AUGAUUGGUAUUUAAUAAGAAGCUAAGGAUAGAUUAAGAAAGUAGUUAAUUACUAAGUUAGAAAUUAAUUUAGAUCCGAAUUUCGAUGAAAGUAACCUUAAGUAAAUGGGUUUGGAUUUCUCAAGUAAACUAAUUGAAAAUGAGGAAUAUCAACACUAAAUUAAGUUCAGAUUAUGGGAUACCCUUGGAUAACAAAGAUUUAGGAAAAUUACAGAUGAUUUUAUCAAAGGAGCAUUAUCAGUGCUGUUUGUUUUUGAUUCAAGAUCUAGAGAAUCCUUUAAUUAGAUUAAGAAUUGGGCCGAAGAUAUGCCUACAUUAAGAAGCGAUGGUCGAAGAGUUGCUCUUGUCCGCUAUCAUUGA